CACUAUACAACCCAGGGAAAUGAUCUUCAGAUGCAUUGACCUCCGGACUUUUCGACCUCAACAGACGCUCAAAAGCUUCGGCUCAACAUCUCCUCUUGGUCAUGCAGCUUGUGAUCCGCCGAUAUCGUCCCUCAGACAAGGACGCGGUGCUCACCCUGUUCAGCAUCGGGAUCCAGGAGCACAUCCGUCCAUGUUUUUACAACGCCAUGACCAGUCCUCUCUACCUCGCCAUCUCCCUGGCUCUGUGUGUCACUGGCUGUCUGCUCAGCUCCGUGUUAGGGGCUGUGGUGUUACCAGGAGCCUGGGUGGGCCUCCUAUACUACUGCUGCCAUAACCUAUAUGCUAGUUUUGUCAAGGAGAGACUCCGUACAGACAUGCAAGACAUCCCUGCAAACUAUCUAAGCAGACCAGAUGACUGUUUCUGGGUGGCGGAGGCUGAGGUUGAUGGGAGGGCCCAGAUCAUGGGUAUGGUGGCUGUAGUGGCCAAACAAAGUGGGAAAGAAAGACACGCUGAACUGUUCAGAAUGAUCAUCUCACCAUCGUACAGACGGAUGGGCCUGGGCUUCAGGUUGGCUCAGACUGUGGUCGACUUUUGUAAGGAACGAGGCUUCUCCAAUGUGGUGCUGGAAACUAGCUCUACUCAGGUUGCUGCUGUGGCCCUCUACGAGAAACUCGGAUUCAGCCACGUCCUCUCACACACCAAAACGCAUGCCCCUUUUUGGAUGGUAACCCUGACCAGGGUGAAGAUUUUAAUCAUGGAAAAACACCUGUAGUCAUGAAAUAAUAGCCUUUUCUCAUAACUACAGUCACUGUUUUAGCUAUGUACAAAAACACUAAGUUUCAGGUAGAGCAAAUAUCAGGAGCCUUUUUUUUGUUCUGUAAGAGCAACUUGUCUUAAUUUUUUAUACACAACACACUGCUGCUCUUCUGAUCGUUGA